AGAGGAAAAAAUCAGAUCAAGCUUUUCCGGUCUGCUAGCCCUAAUUUCCUCUCAGACCUCUCUGGCGGUGGAGCGGAGCAGACGUAGAGGCAGAGAGAGGGAGAAAGUGGGGGACAUAUCCGCGUAUUUUACCGCUACAACCCCGCGCCUCUACGGUUCCUCCCCUCUAGUAGAAUGCACCCUGACUUCGGAGAAUUGUGCCCGGGAAAGAGGAGUGUGUGAGGGGGGGAGCAGAGCAGAAUGGUUCGACAGAUAGGAGAGCGGUCGCUCCGUCUCCGUGAAGCCGCCACAGAGCGCCCCUCAAUGCCCGUCCUCCUCUCAGCCGUCCGGCUGCACUCUCCUCCGGGUGUUUCUCCGACAUGUCAUUACAUAACUCGGCGCCACUCGACUUAGUUUACCCCAAACGCGAGGAGUAUUUGUUGGAUAGACUCAUCUUGCUGCCCCAGGAGUGGAUUUGAAUCCGGUCUGUGGUGGGUUUGCUGUCGUAGUCUGAAUGCUCAGCACCUAAGGGGUGGAAACCUGAGUCCAGCGGUGAUGAGAGCUCACUCCGAGAGGAUUUCAGUGGUGUGCUGCCAGAAGCAUCUGGAAAGGAUAACACAGGGAUACACUCCCCCUCCAGAGGACCAGAGGAUCAUUCACAUCCUAGACAUUUCCAUGUUAAGCUGUGAGUGUCUUUUAGCUUGUGUUUAAUCACAUUUAAAACCUCUGCCACAGUUUUAAGUCCAUUAAAUAAUCCUGAAAAGGUAGAUAUGCAGUGAAGAUGUGUGCAGCCAGGUUCAAUGGCUGUGCCGACGAGGCCCCUGGCCCGGUCACAGCCUCCAGGAUGCUGGACUGGACAGAGGCUGGGCCCCGUAUCCUCCACAGCCUGGAGAUGGGGACAGUGAUGACUAUCUUCUACCAGAAGAAGUCCCAGAAGCCCGAGAGGAGAACCUUCCAGAUAAGGCAGGACAUGCGACAGAUAGUGUGGAGCAGAAACCCCGACAAAAUAGAAGGAGAGGUCGACAUACGAGAGAUCCGGGAGCUGCGGCUGGGGAAGGGCUCCCGCGAUUUCGAGCGCUACCCGGAGGAGGCCCGCAAACUGGACGCCGCCCACUGCUUCAUCGUGCUCUACGGCCUCGAGUUUCGCCUCAGGACGCUCAGUGUGGCCGCCUUCAGUGAGGAGGAGGUCAACAUGUGGAUCACUGGCCUCAACUGGCUGAUGAUGGACACCCAGAGAGCGCCCGCACCGCAGCAGAUAGACAGGUGGCUGAGGAAGCAGUUUGAAGCCAUGGACAGGAGCCACGAGGGCAGUAUCACAGUGAAGGAUGUGAAAGUGCUGCUGCCUCAAAUCAACUACAGAGUCCCCAACACGCGAUUUCUCAAAGAUAAACUGCAGGAAGUGGAGGCCAGGAACGACCUGUCCUACCCCAACUUCUCCCAGCUCUACAGGACGCUCAUGUUCGACGCACAGAAGAGCAUUAUUGAGCAGCUGGAGCUCUCCUUCCCACUGCGGAACGUUGACAGACCGGAGCUUUGUCAGAUCUCCCUCUACGACUUCCAGAAGUUCUUACAGAUGGAUCAGAAGGAGUCCUGGGCCUCGGAUCUGUGUCGUGUCAGAGAGUUCCUCACGGGGUACAUGAGGGGCAGGUCGCAGCCGGAGCCCAUGCUACAGCUUGAUGAUUUCCUGACGUUCCUGUUCUCUAAAGAGAAUUCUGUGUGUGACCCUCAACUGUCCCCUGUCAUUGCUGAUGACAUGAAAAGGCCGCUCUCUCAGUACUGGAUCUCCUCUUCUCACAACACCUACCUGACGGGUGAUCAGUUUUCCAGUGAAUCGUCUCUGGAAGCUUACGCCCGCUGCCUCAGGAUGGGCUGCCGCUGCAUUGAACUGGACUGCUGGGAUGGACCCGACGACCUGCCAAUCAUCUACCACGGCCACACACUAACCUCCAAGAUCAAGUUCCUGGAUGUGCUGCACACUAUCAAAGAGCACGCCUUUGUUACGUCUGAGUAUCCUGUGGUCUUGUCCAUCGAGGACCACUGCAGCGUGGUGCAGCAGAGGAACAUGGCCACACACUUUAAGAAGGUGUUCGGAGAUCUGCUGCUCACCAAGCCCGUAGACAACAACGCAGAGGAGCUCCCCUCCCCCUACCAGCUCCGCCGGAAGAUCCUCAUCAAGCACAAGAAACUGGUGGAAGGCACGCUGUAUGAAGAGGUGAGUUCAGCCAGCUACUCUGAAAACGACAUCAGCAACUCUCUGAAGAACGGCAUCCUCUACCUGGAAGACCCCAUCGACCACACAUGGACUCCGCACUAUUUUGUCCUGACCAGUAAUAAGAUUUACUACUCAGAGGAGACGUCUCACUAUCAGACAACCGAUGAAGAGGAUGACGACGAGGCGAAAGAGGAGUGUAACAACAACGAGCAGCACUGUGCGGAGCGCUGGUUCCACGGGAAGCUGGGUGGAGGUCGUGACGGGCGACAGGUGGCUGAGAAGCUCCUGCAGGAGUACUGCGAGGGCGGGGCCAAGGACGGCACCUUCCUGGUGCGGGAGAGUGAGACGUUCGUGGGAGACUACACUCUGUCGUUCUGGCGCUCCGGUCGAGUCCAGCACUGCAGGAUCCACUCCCGCCAGGAGUCAGGCUCCACCCGCUUCUACCUGACCGACAACCUGGUGUUCGACAGCCUGUACCGCCUCAUCUGCCACUACAGAGACACGCCUCUGCGCUGCAACGAGUUCGAGAUGCGGCUGGUCAGCCCUGUCCCUCAGCCCAACGCACACGAAAGCAGGGAGUGGUUCCACUCCAGUCUGUCCCGUGUUCAGGCUGAACACAUGCUGAUGCGUGUCCCCAGAGACGGAGCUUUCUUAGUACGAAAACGUAGUGAAAACAACUCCUAUGCUAUCUCCUUCAGGGCGGAGGGGAAGAUCAAGCACUGCCGUAUUCAGCAGGAAGGCCGCCUCUUCAUGUUGGGCAGCUCGGCAGAGUUCGAGAGUCUCGUGGACCUCGUGAGCUACUAUGAGAAGCAUCCUCUGUACCGCAAGAUGAGGCUCCGCUACCCCAUCAACGAGGACACUCUGGACCGCAUGGGAACCGCGGAGCUGGACUACGGGGCGCUGUACGAGGUCCGAACCCCUCAUUUCUACGUGGAGGCCAAUAAGAUGCCCACAGCUCGGUGCACGGUCAAAGCUCUGUACGACUAUCGAGCUCAGAGGGAGGACGAGCUCUGCUUCCCCAAACAGGCGCUCAUCGUCAGUGUGGAGAAGCAGGAGGGCGGCUGGUGGCGAGGUGACUACGGAGGGAAGAAGCAGCUGUGGUUUCCUGCAAACUACGUGGAGGAAGUCCCCAGCUCCCCCUCCAGAGAGCCGGACGAGGUGUCCACAGAGAACAGUCCUCUUGGGACAUUUCUUAAGGGCUUUAUUGAUGUACCCACCUGCCAUGUCGUGGUGCAGAAAGACGGGAAGAACUCGCGCCCCUACGUGAUCACUAUCCAGUCUCAGCAGCCGUCCUCUCACCCGGUGCAGACCCUGGACGUGGCUGCUGACACUCUGGAGGACCUGACGGGCUGGGUGUCCAAGAUCAGAGAGGCCACACAGAACGCUGACGCACGGAUGCAGGAGGAGAAGCAGAUGGAGAGGAGGAAGAAGAUCGCGGUGGAGCUGUCUGAGCUCGUGGUCUACUGCAGACCCGUCCCCUUCAACGAGGACAAGAUCGGGACAGAGAGGGCGUGUUACCGGGACAUGUCCUCCUUCCCGGAGACAAAGGCGGAGAAGUUUGCGACCCGCAGCAAAGGGAAGCGCUUCCUGCAGUACAACCGCCGGCAGCUCUCUAGAGUUUAUCCCCGAGGGCAGAGGCUGGACUCGUCCAACUACGACCCGCUGCCCAUGUGGCUCUGCGGCUCCCAGCUGGUUGCACUCAACUUCCAGACCCCAGAUAAACCCAUGCAGCUGAACCAGUCGCUGUUCAUGCUGGGAGGUAGCAGCGGCUUCGUUCCUCAGCCUGAGGUCAUGAGAGACGACGCCUUCGACCCUUUCGACAAGGACACCUUACAUGUGGAGCCAAUCACUGUCCAGUUACAGGUGCUUGGAGCCCGUCACCUGCCUAAAAAUGGCCGCAGCAUUGUCUGUCCCUUUGUGGAGGUGGAGAUCUGUGGAGCAGAACACGACAGCUGCAAAUGCAAGACGGACGUUGUGGCUGAUAACGGUUUGAACCCUGUGUGGGUGCAGAGGCAGUUUGUGUUCGACAUCCACAACCCCACCUUCUCCUUUCUGCGCUUCACGGUCUACGAGGAGGACAUGUUCAGCGAUCCUAACUUCCUGGCACAUGCCACCUACCCCGUCCGUCUGCUACGUACAGGCUACAGGAGCAUCCCCCUGAAGAACAGCUACAGUGAAGAGCUGGAGUUGGCAUCUCUUCUGGUCCACAUUGAGAUCGUCAAUGCAAAGGAGGAGGACGACGAGAACCUGUACAUGUCCAUCCAGCGGCUGCGGGAUCGAACCAGUGAGCUGUCCAACCAGGUGUCCCUCCUGGAGAGGUCAGGUUCCGGGGACCUGGGCUACCAGCAGAGCCUGGAGGAGCUCAGAGCAGCUCAGGACCAGCUGAGUGAGCUGGUUGAGGCCCGAAACCGCAGGCUGAUUGAGAAGAAGAGGAGGGAGAAGCUCAGGCAGCAGGUGACUGCAAAGCGCAGCUAGCCCUCUCGCCCACCGGAGGGCGCUACACUGCGACUCAAACUGUGGCGGAAACGUCCACCAGAGCUGUGUUUACCCCACAGGGUCUCUGCAGCAGCCUCCUGCAAUCCUUUUAUAACUGGAAUAAAGAACAUGUGAUUUCACAGUAAAACAUCUGAGGCUUUUAAGCGCUAUGCUGGACAACAACAGAGAAGAAAAUGACAACAGAAGCGUCUCAUGGACUUAAAGGAAACCUCAAAAAACUAAGCUAUUAAAACAAUCAUUGACCUGAAGCUGAAACACAUUAAGAGCCAACUGGAUAUGGGUUUCCAUAGAAACGAUACAGACACAAUACGUGAAUUCUCUACAAUGAUCGUAAAAAUUAUGACUUGAUAAAUGCAGAGUAAAUCUGCAACUCAUUUGUUUUAAUUAAUCGUUCAAGUUGUUUUUCAAGCACAAAUACUCAGCUUUUUAUUUGUUAUGUGAUCAUAAAUUGUUAACUAGGGUUUCAGUCAGAAACAAAAGCUAAAUGAAGAUGCCCCCUUGAGCUUUAUAAAAUGUUAAGAGGCAUUUUCACCAUUUGGACCAAUUAGUCGAUAAUGACCGUUUUAAAAACUGAACUUUUUUAAGUAUAUGCUAUAAUGCUUAAAAAACUGAACUGAAAUGACUAGCACUUUUGAAAACAAAAUUUGAAGCUCACCAGGUUCACUCUUACUGUGUUUUGGUCUUUAGUGAGAAAGAGAGGACAGCAGGGAAAACAAAAACUCAGGUUACACAAAUGGAUAGAAUUGAAAUAUGUGGGGAAAAAAGCAAAGGCACAUUACAGCUAGCAAAAAAGUAAUUAUCGUGUAUGUGCCUUUGAUGUUGCCAAUGAAGAGUAUAAUUACUACUCUUCAAAAAAGUUAAUAAAACUUUCUCUACAACUGGAAUAGUGCCCUUUAAGGGAAAACUCCUCCCGAACUGGAGGAGGAAUCCACUCGCUUGACUCGAACUACUACUUUAAAGGGUUUUUAAGACAGAUUUUGAACAUAUGAACUCUGCCCCCAGGUGGCGAGUGGCUUCUGGCCGUAAAGUGGAAAAACAAAUCUGCACCAAGCCUCACACAAGCCCUUUCUCAGUUUAGCACCUCAUCGACUGCUCCUAACUGGUCUCGGAUCUAGGAGUUUAUGAGGCGGUAAAUAGAGAAAUGAGAAAAGGCUCGAGACGAUCUUCAAAGGGCUCUAAAUGAAUCUAUACUACCUUCAAAGAGGCACAAGAAUCAGAGGGAGGAGACAAUAAUCAUCACAGCACUCCCUGGAUGUCACCUGCACAGGGCUAUCACAUUAAAACUAUACAUUUUCCCCCUAGCCUCCCAUCAGAACCAGGAUUCAUUCACAUCAUCGGGCUCUUAUCAACAGAUGUGUCAUACCUGGUCCUGGAUCUGCCAAAAAACUGCUUCAAGAUGACCCCCUGCAUGGCUUCGUACCCAAAAACGCCCCCCUUCCUACUUGUAGCUACUUCUCCUUCCCAUCAUCCUCUUUUCUUAUUGUAUAUAACUGCUUUUAUUUAUCAAACCAAUGUUUUAAUGGGUGAAAAAUCAUUAAAGAUACACUGUUAGGUGUAGAAUAUCUUGCUAUAUUGUUCACAGAGACACAAACCUCUCUUUUCUCCUACGCUGCAGUUGCACUGCGUUGGGACUUCUAUGCAAAGGUUUUCUUUGAUUUGACUACUGUUGUGUUUCCUCUCUGUAUCUAUGCUAACUGUGUAGUAUUAUUACUCUGCAUUACAAACCCUUGUUUAUAAAAUGUCCUUUAUCUAUA